AACGUGACAUCAGAAUGUGCGCCUCUCCGCGGAUAAUUCUCCUUUUCAAAUCUCUGGUGGUUAUGUUUAGCUUGUUCGGCUUCUAGUAUUCUAUGCAACACAUUGCAUGUGAUAUUCAAUAAAAGAAAAGGACUUGAUCAUUCUUAUCAGCAUGCCGAAAUCGCUCAAAAAGUCAUGCAGUACCCAGAGCUCCAUAAGCAGUUACUUCAGCGGUCUGAAUAGCAAGAGUUCAACUAAUGGCAGCAUCCCAUCUGGGAAAAAAACACAACAACACACACUGCUGCAGCCUUCCAGGGGCAAGAAGCAGAGAAAAACAGAUGAAGACGAUUCUGGGUUGCCAGUCAAACGUGCUCGUCUGUCUUUCCAGAGGCACGGGGAAGUGGGCGGUGAUGAAGUAACUGAGACACCCCCAAUCUGUGGAGCCGAAGGCUUAAGCGCCGCCACGGUGGAGAGGCUGCAGUCCUUCUCCUGCCCGGCUGAACUCAACAGAGGUGGCGCUUGGAGGGUGGAUCAGAAGCAGUCUGGGGGUGGUGUCGUUCAAAUCUGUGACCAAGGAAAGGGAGCCAUGCUCCCUCCUUGUGGCUUAAAAGAUCAUCACAACAACACCAAGAAGCCCAAACAAGAGAGGGAGGAUGAACAUCAAGAAGAGGAGGCUGUGCAGGAGGAGCACUCAGUUGUGUCUCAGAAAACACAGGGGAUGAUUCUUAAUCAGUUUGCCAAGACAGGAGGAGGAAGGGUUCUAGGUUCGAGUCCGGCCCAGGACGCUAGCGUCCCCUGCAGGCGCUCCAAGAGUGUGUUCACUCCCCUGGAGCAGCAGGUCAUCCAGCUCAAACAGCAACACGAAGACGCCUUACUGGCCAUCGAGUGCGGAUACAAGUACAGAUUCUUCGGAGAGGAUGCGGAGAUCGCCGCAAAGGAGCUGAAAAUCUUCUGCCACCUGGACCACAACUUCAUGACGUGCAGCGUCCCCACCCACCGGCUGUUCGUCCACGUGCGGCGCCUGGUCUCCCAGGGGCACAAGGUGGGCGUGGUCAAGCAGAUGGAGACGUCUGCCAUCAAAGCCUCGGGAGCCAAUAAGAACGCUCUGUUCACGCGACAACUCAGCGCGCUCUACACUAAGUCUACACUAGUGGGCGAAGACGUCAACCCGCUGUGUGGCCUGGGAGAGGACGACCAGGGGUCCAAUCCCCCGGACAGCUUCCUGCUGUGUAUCAGUGAGAGCUGGGACCAGAAGGCCAGGCAGGUCACCAUCGGCCUUGUGGCAGUGCAGCCCAGCACAGGAGACGUUCUAUUGGACAGUUUCACUGACAAUCACUCUCGCUCUGAGCUGGAGGGACGUAUCUUGAAGAUCAACCCUGUGGAGAUCCUGGUGCCCUCUGACCUUUCAGAACACACACAAAGGCUUUUGCAUAGCAUCGCCAGCACCAGUACGCAGGCAGAUGAUCGCAUCCAGAUCCAGAAGAAGGAAUCUGCAGAGUUUGAAUUCCCAUCUGCAAUGAACACUGUUACAGAGUUCUACUGUAACUCCCCGGACACAGGUUCCCGCUCCCUGUCCAGUGUCGCGUCGUUAGAAAGCCAGGUGAUCUGCUGCCUCGGCCCCCUCAUUCAGUACCUCCGGGAAUUCAACCUGGAGAGGGUUCUGCUGAAUGAUAGCUCCUUCCGCUGCCUCUCCACGGAGUCCCAGGGCCUGGCACUCAGCGCCACCACACUCAGGAACCUGGAGAUCUUCAGUAACCAGACGGACGGCGGUCUGAGGGGCAGCCUGCUGUGGGUGCUGGACCACACCAGCACGGCGUUCGGCCGCCGACUCCUGAGGAGAUGGGUGAGCCAGCCCUUAACCGACCUGCGCUCCAUCUCUGACAGGCAGGAUGCAGUUUGUGAGAUCCUGCAAUCCGACUCCGCUGCCCUGGCCGCCAUCAGGUCCCUACUGGUACACCUUCCUGACCUGGAGAGAGGAAUCUGUAGUAUCUACCAUACUAAGUGUUCCACUCAGGAGUUCUAUCUUAUCUGCAGCAGUCUCUCCCGGUUGGGGCUGGAGCUCAAGGCGUUGAUUCCAGCCAUCCAAUCACAGCUCAGCUCCUCACUGCUCCGGACACUCCUAUUGGAUACCCCUGACCUGCUCUCUCCUGUUCAUCACUUCCUCAAAGUGCUCAAUGAAAAUGCUGCCAAGGCAGGGGACAAGAAGGAGCUGUUCUCCGACUUGUCAGACUUCCCAGCUCUGCGGGAGCGCCGGGCCGAGAUCCAGAGCGUGCUCGACGAGAUCCGGGACCACCGCAAGGUGGUGCGGACCGUGCUGAGGACCCCCGCGCUGGACUACACCACAGUGUCCGGUCUGGAGUUUUUGAUUGAGGUGAAGAACUCCAUGUCAGCUAUUGUUCCGCGUGAAUGGGUCAAAAUCAGCAGUACCAAGGCGGUGGGCCGGUACCACUCUCCCUACCUGGUGGAGCGCUGCCGCAGUCUGCAGCAGCGCCGGGAGCAGCUGCUUCUCGACUGUCAGAGGGCGUGGAACGACUUCCUGCAUCAGUUUGGCGAACACUAUCACACCAUGAAAAGAGCUAUUAGUCACCUAGCAACCAUGGAUUGUCUUUUCUCAUUGGCUGAGGUGGCUAAACAAGGGGAUUAUUGCAGGCCAGAGAUGAGUGAGAGUCGGUGUCAGAUCGUGAUCAAGGAUGGCAGGAAUCCUGCCAUAGACUUGCUGCUGGGAGAACACAAUCAAUAUGUACCCAACCACACGGACCUUCAGGGGGAGGGUCGGAGGACCAUGAUAGUGACGGGCCCCAACAUGGGAGGGAAGAGCUCCUACAUCCGCCAGGUGGCCCUGGUCUGUGUCAUGGCCCAGAUGGGCUGCCAUGUCCCGGCCGCUCAGGCCAGCCUGGGCAUCCUCGACGGCAUUUACACCAGGAUGGGGGCGUCGGACAACAUCUACAAGGGGAGGAGCACCUUCAUGGAGGAGCUGACGGAGGCCUCGGAGAUCAUCGCCCGGGCGACGGAGCGUUCGCUGGUCAUCAUGGACGAGUUGGGCCGCGGCACCAGCACCCAUGACGGGAUCGCCAUCGCGUACGCCACCCUGGAGCACUUCAUCACAGAGGUGAAGUCUCUAACCCUGUUUGUGACCCACUACCCUCCUCUGUGUGAGUUGGAGCGGAAGCAUCCGGACCAUGUCGCCAACUACCACAUGGCCUUCCUGCUCAACGACCCCCCUGCACAAGCCCACGCCCAGGAUGAUGGCGUUCAGCCAGAGUUCAUCACCUUCCUCUACCAGCUGACUGAGGGAGCCGCAGGGCGGAGCUACGGGCUAAACGUUGCCCGAUUGGCUAAUAUCCCAGAGACUAUCCUUCACACAGCUGCAAAGAAGGCCCGUGAGCUGGAGGACACCGUCAACACUCGAAGGAAGAAGAAGACUGUCCUUCCAGAUCUUUGGAGGAUCUCGGACAGAGAAACGCUGAGUAACUGGAUGGAGACAAACUCUUUAUCGCUGAACUGUUGAAAUACUUGAACGCUGCCACAGAGCCACAUGAUGCCGAUGUCUGAAGUGGCAUGUCGCUGGGCUCGUAAAGGAUUAGUCAUUGAACCAAAGUGAAAUGGGCUCAGUGUCGAGAAGUGACAUCAAAGUCUCCUCCUUUUGCUCCUGUCCUUUGUAUGUUGGAUUCAGGAAGGAUGGAAUCGUGUGUGUGUGUGUGUGUGUGUGUGUGUGUGUGUGUGUGUGUGUGUUACUGUUCAUUACUUUAUGUAAAACGAUCCAUCAUUUUACAAAAAGUGUUCUCACUUGAUAAGGUUCAAUUUGUGGUCUGCUAACAUUUACAAAAAAACUUCACAAAAAACAAACAAAUAAAAAGCAAAGCAAAA